AUGAACCCGGAAGUUCCGAUGGCUUUGCGACUUCAGGGAAAUCUUCUAUAUGGCGUGUCAAGAGUCUAUAGCCGGCAAUGCGUAUACACACUCACGGAUGUGCAGGCCAUGCACGAUAGAAUGAAAACGGCUUUGAAAGUCAUACAUGGAAGGGGAUUAGACCCAGAGGCUGGAAAGGCACGGUACGUUAUCUUCGCAGAUAUUUACGCGUAUAUACGUGCUAUCACUUCAGUGCUGGCUAAUGUUGGACAUGAAAGCCCCGAAGAGCUUAUCGUACCGUACGAUCCAGCGUUUAUACCGGAGCUCAGCCUCCCGGGGUUGAAUCUUGACCUUGUCAAUAUUCACACCGCAAAAGAAUCGAGCUUGAAUCUUCAUUCUAGCCUGCUUUCAUCCAAUCUAAGCAACUCGGAUCAUUCUCGUGCUGGAAUAGAUGCACUUCCACAGCUAGACAUAUCUUCUCCGAGUAUUGCUCUAGGCGAGACUGGGGGGUUUACUCUUGCUAGUGACAGAGCGAGUUCUACGCAGAAAGACAAUUAUCGUUUCAGAGGUUCAGCUUUUGAAGACGAAGAGGGCGUGCUCCUUCAGCCUGACUUUGAGUUUGACGAGGACGGUAAUAUUGUGGAUCUUGUCACGAAUGAGCUUUCUGUGAGCAGAGCAGAUGAGCAAACUAAUCUCCAGCAAAGUGAACUCACCGUCAGAGACCGAGUGAGCGCAGACGCUCGUCGAGGAACCUUGCCUCACCAGCAACAGAACGGUGAGCCCAUGGACUUAGAUCACGACAAUGACUAUGUCGUGGCGGAAGACAUGAAUGGCUCUCCUGAAAGACGGUCCCCGAGAUCGGGACGUCACUCUGAUCCUGAAUACGUAGAGGGAGUUGAAGAGACAUCUGAAACUCGCAACGCUGGGAUGUCCCGAAAGAAGAGAGCUUGCAAAAAGGUAGAAGCUGAUGAAUGCUCACAAAUUAGCCGGACUGAAUUAGUCCGUUUGGAGGAUGAGUAUCUGCAGAACAUGUCCCUGGCCUCAAAGCAGAAAAAGCACAACAAAGACUUGACACAGGCGAAGAAGAAUGCCCUCUUCUGGGUCGUGGGUGGGGGUAUUGGUUCAGUCGGUAUGGGACUCGGCGUUUCUCGUACCAGCCAUCCUCUCCAGGAAUUCUGUGGAGAGCAACUUCUGGCUGCAUUGGGUGCGCAAGAUGUUUCCGAUGAUACCCGACGCAAACGCGGCUUGAGCUUCCAUGGCGAUGAUGUGUCCAGUGACGAAGGAAGGCGUGUUCGUCCGCGCGUGGACGAGGAGAUUGAGACGGAUCUUCCUCGUGGAGACGAGCUUGCGUUUGGCGAUGCGGACGUUCUGAUGCAAGAGGAAGUUGAGAUUGGCCGCCAUGCACCGCCAUCACUUCAGGACGAUGCAUCUUCUCAAAUGCCUUGGAAUAUUACAGCAUCCAUCCAAGGAUCGAUCCAUGGCUCUGCUUCUAGUCGCCCAUUUGAAAGUAUGGAGCUUUCUUCUCGUGGGCAGCUAGGAGGCUUUAGCCGGUUUGGUGGUCGUUUCAUAAACUCGAGUCCGCUUGCUGGACGUGGUCUUGCUGUUGAUCGUGUCGGACAUGACAGGCUG